ACCUCAACUUUUACAAGUCUCCCUCUGGAAUUGUUCCUUUCUUCCAUCAUCCACAAUUCCAUUCCACACCUCAGAAGAGUCAGAACCAGAACGGUGCUCCAUCUUCAUCCCUGAACCAUCAAAGUCGAUCGCUUUUAGAAUCAGCCCAAAUUUCUGCGAAUUUGUUCGGAGAACUCACAAUAUGCAGGGCGGCGACCUUGGAGGAGCUUUCUAUGAUCCAAAGUAUCACCUCUCCCACUUUCAAAACCCUACCCCAACUUCGGCUCCAGCCGAUCCUCAGUACGCCGCUGUACCCCAAGCGUCGGCUCCGCCUGUUUCAUCCGGUUAUGUUUCGUCUGAUUACUCCAGUUAUAAUUCCUUUGAUUAUCCUCCUUAUCACCAGAAUUCAGAUAAUGUCUCUAAUCAACCCUUUCUUUAUCCGAAUACUCAGCAACCCCCUGCCUAUUAUGGAUUCGAUCAAAAUCAAAAUCAAAAUCAAUCCCACUCGAGCUAUGACUAUUCUGCAGCAGCUCCUAAUUUCAGCCUUCAGACCCCAAAUUCAGAAAAUGUCUCCAAUCAACUCCCUCCUUAUCAGAACACUCAGCAGCCAAAAGAUCAUUUGGCAGCAGGUAUUACUUAUAAUCAUCAGAACCCGAACUAUAAGUCUGAUCCUUUUUCAUCAGCUCCAUAUCUGUGGAGCUCGCAUGAGAGUUCUGGUGGGCCGGUGUUUGGGAAUGCUGUUGAGAGCAAUGUAAGUUUUGGUUGCUAUGGUGGGCUUAAUGAUGGUGGUGCUUAUAAAUAUAAUGGAGGGAAAGUAGACAGUUACGGUGGUAGUGGUGGUAGAUCAGAGCCUCCCAGUCAAGUGCUAUUUGAUGAUUAUGGACGGCCAAUCAAUAUUCCAGGUGGAAGGGGACAGAAUGGCUCUAGGAGUUUUCCUAAAAUGGUUAAGGCGGUACCUAAGGCUGUGGACCAUGAGGAUGCCAAUAGUGGGGUGCUUAAGUUCAGAGUCAAGCUUCUAUCCGAAGGCUAUGGCCAAACAGACAAGGACGUGCUUUGUCAGAUUGGAUUAGAUGGGAUUCAGAUACUUGAGCCUGCCACGUACCAAAUUCUAAAGAUAUAUCCACUUGAGAACGUGGAAAGAUGGGAGGUAUUGGACUCAUAUAUAUUUGCAUUUUGGGCCAAAAGCUCAGUUGGCAUUGAUCCUACACGAAUAAGGCUCAAAUCAAAUAGCUAUACCACAAACAACAUCCUGGAUGCCGUGACAGCAGCAAGUAUACAGGUCAAGGAAAUGGCUGAAUGCAGUAGACCAUCAGAUCUUAUCAAAGGUGGAUCUGAGCAACUUGCAGAAAAGAAGAAAAGCUUUGCUGACUGGAUGAGACUAAUGAAGCCACCCAAUGUAGAAAAAGAUCAUUGGGUUCCUGAUGAAUCAGUCACCAAGUGCACUAACUGUAUGAAUGACUUUAAUGCUUUUGUGAGAAGGCAUCACUGCAGGAAUUGUGGGGAUAUCUUUUGCGACAAGUGCACACAGGGUAGAAUUGCUCUAACUGCAGAUGAGAAUGCACAACCAGUUCGAGUUUGUGAUCAGUGCAUGGCAGAGGUGACUCAAAGGCUAAGCACUGUUAAUGAAACCACUCAAAGGAUUAGUGGAUUGCAGAGCCAUGACGAUCUUGCCAGAAAACUUCAAGAGGAGAUGAGUAAGAAUCGCAAGGCAACAGGCAGGAGUUCCGAGGAAUCUAGGAGGAUGAAAGAGGUUGCCUGCCCUAUUUGCACAGUCCAUUUGCAGGUUCAAGUUCCAGCUACAGGAUCGGAAACCGUAGAGUGCAGCGUCUGUCAGCAUCAUUUCCUUGUCAGUGCUCAUUGAGCUUGCGGUUGCCUUGUUUUCGUUUCUUUUCUGACAAUGUCUUUCACUUAGGCAUUUUGAUUUGUAUGUAUACGUCCUUCAUGCUUUUCUUGCACAAAAAAAAAACAGGUUGAGAGGGUAAUUUGUAUCAUUUCCACACAUGUUCAAAAUACAGAGUAUGUUGUUCUAUAGUGUAGGUGUAUAGCACUUUGUAGACCGAUGAGAAUGCUUAUUCGUGUUGGGAACUUGUUGAGAUGUGUGUAUAUUGUUGAUAACUUGUUGAGAUGUAUG